ACGUCAUCAUCCUGCGACACGGAAGUGCUGCUGUGCGCGUCCUUCACUUUGGUCAGUAACCAAACACGUUAUAAAAGUCCGGUGGUUGUUGAUUCGUAACAGCUUUUGGCUGAUUUUGCGGGGUUUAUGGAGUGAUAGCAGCAAAGAAGCGGUGGUCGGAACGAAGAAGUCCUCCGCGAGGUUUUAAGGUUUAAUUCGAGUCCAGCAGCAAUGGCAGCUCCAAACUCAGCAGAGAGAAAGGCCUGCUGGGAUUCCAGGGAUCUGCUCUGGAAAUGUUUAGAUGACAAUGAUGACAAAGCUGCAUCCUGCCAGAAGUUCCAGAGUGAAUUUGAGGCAAACUGUCCUGCACAAUGGGUGAAAUAUUUCACCAAGAGAAGAGAUUUCUUGAAAUACAAGGAGAAAAUGCAGAAAGAGGGCUUUAAACCAGCUGAAGGCCCCCAGGAGGCAUCCUAACCACUACACAACCAUCAAAAUCUGCAAGACGACUUUUCAGCAUAUUCAAAGUUGGGGCAGAGAUGCAGGACUUGGAAAGGAGUUUUCAGCUUCAUUGUGGACAGAGUACUUUAACUUCACGUUUAUCGUUAUUUAUUUGAAGAGGAAAAACGCUGCUUUAGGAAAUCCAAAUGUCAGCACGAGGGAGCUGUGUGAGCUUCCAUCUUCAGAAUGCAAUGAAGUGACAUCAGCUCAUGUCAUCCAGAACAGCCAGUGUAAUGUGCACUUAAUGAGUACUGUUGGAUUUCACAUAAGCGUAACUUCUGAUGGCAUUGUCAACAAAUUUUACAAUUGUUGCCUGUGAAAUACCUAAUUACACUGGGGUUCUGCAGUCUCUCACAUGCUGGGUGUGUCCAUGAUUUAAGAAAGGAGCUAUUUAUCCUAACGCUGUCCAAGAUGCUUUUUCUGUGAUUCUCUUUAUUGAAAUAAGUCUGGUGUUUGGGGUUAAUGAUGUUUUUAUGAAUUCAAAGCCAUCAUUCAUGAUAAAUGUGUGAUUUACAAAUAAAUGCUGGUUUGUACUGAUUGCAGUCACCUUAUAUUUCCAGAACAGUGCCUCAUUUGGCAAAAUCAGAGAAGUGUGACUGACUUGUGUUGUUUGUGAAUAAAUGAAAUCAACAGAG